CGGUAGCGGCGGUGGCGGCGGCGGCGACGGCGGCGGCGGCGGCGGCUGCUGGUCGCUGGCAGAGCGCGAGACGCCAUGGCGGCGGACGGAGAGCGCUCCCCGCUGCUGUCCGAGCCCGGCGACGGCGGCGCUGGAGGCAACGGUUUAGCGGGCCCGGGCGGGAGCGCGACCGGGCCCGGUGGAGGCCUGACGCCCUCCGCACCUCCGUACGGAGCCGGUAAACAUGCCCCGCCCCAGGCAUUCCCCCCGUUCCCCGAGGGGCACCCAGCCGUGCUGCCGGGAGAGGACCCACCCCCCUACUCACCCCUGACUAGCCCGGAUAGUGGGAGCGCCCCCAUGAUUACCUGUCGAGUCUGUCAGUCUCCGAUCAACGUGGAAGGCAAGAUGCAUCAGCAUGUAGUCAAAUGUGGUGUCUGCAACGAAGCCACCCCCAUCAAGAAUGCACCCCCGGGAAAGAAGUAUGUUCGAUGUCCCUGUAAUUGUCUCCUUAUCUGCAAGGUGACUUCCCAGCGGAUUGCCUGCCCUCGGCCCUACUGCAAAAGAAUCAUCAACCUAGGGCCUGUGCAUCCAGGACCUCUGAGUCCAGAACCACAGCCAAUGGGUGUCAGGGUCAUCUGUGGACAUUGCAAGAAUACGUUUCUGUGGACAGAAUUCACUGACCGAACCUUGGCACGAUGUCCUCACUGCAGGAAAGUGUCAUCUAUUGGCCGCAGAUAUCCUCGGAAGAGAUGUAUCUGCUGCUUCUUGCUUGGUUUACUCUUGGCAGUCACUGCCACUGGCCUUGCUUUUGGCACAUGGAAGCCUGCACAGCAAUAUGGAGGGAUCUACGCAGCCUGGGCAUUUGUCAUUUUGCUGGCUGUUCUAUGUUUGGGCCGGGCCCUUUAUUGGGCCUGUAUGAAGGUCAGCCAUCCUGUCCAGAACUUCUCCUGAGCCCCUUGAUCCAGUCUGUGCCUGGCAGCUGCCUGGCAGCAACAGUAACACUACAAAAGGCUCUCUGUGGACUUCUGCAAGGAAGCCAAGCAGCUGCCUCCUUCUCCCCUGGGGAGAGGUAGGAAGGAACCAGUCCCUUACUUAGGUUUGGAAGGGUAGGUAAGACCAUUGCUGGCUGUCUGCUUUCCUCCAGGGUUGCUGUUUAGGGUAAAUAGGCAAAAUGUUGCCCCUAAGCCUGGAUCCUAAAGAUGGUUCUAGCCACGUCCUUCCUGUAUGUGCUCCCUGAGAACCAUUCCUGACCCUUAGACAUUCCAGGGCAGGGUGGGGGUGGGAAGUGGGGGGGUGUUCCCCUCCCUCUUGUGCACCAUUAGGACCUUGCUGCUGCUAUUGCACUUCACCAGGGGCUGGCUCUGGUCUCAGUACCUUCAGUCCCUUCUCCCCACUUGUCCUGUGGGGUGGAGUCAGCCACUGCUCUGUACAGAACUACAGGAACUGAUGUAUAUAGAACUAUUUAAUAUGGAAUAUGGUCCCCUAAUUCUGUAUUUCCCUGAAUUCUUCCUGGCUUUCCUUACUUCCAGUUGCAGUACUGAACUGGGCUGAGGUAGGGUCGCUGUCUCAGGAGACGUUAGGGAUUCAUCUGUGCUUGUAAAUAAAUAAUGUCAUGACUCUAACCUUU